AUGUACAGUAGAUUUUUGUAUGGUAGAUUCUUCCCAUUGAAGAUUCUUACCUUGGGAGGAAGGCCAAUUUCCUUUUUAGAUAAAGGGUCAAUACACCACCAUUUAAGGCCCUUUUCUUCUAAAAAUGAUCUGAAACCCUCAGACUUCCUUCGCAAACUUGAUUUGGCAGAUGCGCACAGGCUGACAAAGAAUGACGAUACUGAUGACCUCACUCUACGAACCACCAACAGCAACCUUCACCGUUACUCUAUCGACAGAGACUCAGAUUCCUUUUUUGUCCAUCCCACCCGCUUGACUCCAGGGGAAUCCUUUUAUCAAAAGCUCUCUUCUGGCUUAUCUGUUUUAUCUGUCAUAUUUCUGCUUUGUUUUCCCCUUAGUUUGUUUAUUUUCAUCAGCAAUAAUCGCAAGGAUCCUUCAUCGCAACCGACACCAAUAAGGGAUCAUGGUCCUAACCCUAAACUGUCUGUGUUGACCAACUCUAAAUCACUUUUAAAUCUACUCGACUCUAAGGUUCCUGUCCUCAUUUUUUACUAUAAAAAGGACCAACAUCUUACGAAUCCACUUUUACUUAGUCUGAAUCGAGCACUUCUGUCCGAGAUCAGUGCAAUCUUAUCAAACACUUUGAAGGUCGUUCUUGUCGACAUUGGCGCUUUCAGGGAGCCUAUAAACCCGUCACUGAAGACCGAGUUGUCUAAGUCCGGCGGAUUUCUAUAUCAUUUACUGGUCCCUUACGGCAACGAUCCCAUGAUCACUGCUCUACCUCCCCUGGUAUCUGUUGAAUCAUUUGUCGAUGAGAUUCAGAAGGUUUUAGGGCAUUUUAAGUUUAAUUUGGCCUCUAAGUCAAUGGCUACUUCAGCUUCUAUUCUAUCUAAGUCCAUUGAUGAACUGGAUAAAAAGCUUGCUCUGUUACGUAGCUGUUUGUUUGAUUUGGAACUCCAUAACAGAAAAGUCGAUUCACUCGUCAAUGAGGAUAGCCUUGAUUCAAUAUUAGACCAGUGUAAACGCGUUCAAUAG